AUGGAUGGCUCCCCGAACUGCAGCAUGUAUACGGACAUGGAUGCUAGCUCCUUGGACUACAACGUGCACGCGGCGCUGCCUCCUCCGAUUGACGGGUACCCCGCGCUGCCUCCUCUGCCUGCCAGUGGUGCCGGCUAUCAGCAGCAGCAGUCGGCGUCCUUCCCAUGGCGCGGCCAGUUCGUCGCCGCCCCACCGCCAGCGCCCUCCGGCGCGGCCCCCCACGCGCCCCCCGCCGUCUACUUCCCCGCGCCCCCCGCACCGGGUCUCCUUGGUCCUCGUCCCGCGGGCCAUCAGGCGUUCCUCGGCACCCCCUACCUGCCAUACGGUGCUUCGCUCGCUCCGCCACCUCUCAGUGGCUACGGCGCGCCCGCUUAG